AUGGUAUCUGGAAUAGUUGCAGGAAGACUUGCAUUGGUAACGGGUGCUGGGUCUGGACUAGGUCGGGCCACAUGCCAGGUGUUGUCCCGAGAAGGAGCCACUGUCAUAGCCGCUGACAAAAACUAUGAUGCAGCCGUAGAUACUAUUAAAACACAUACACCAUUAGCAUCAGGUUUUAAUGAUGGUGAUCAUAGUGCCGUAGAACUUGAUGUGUCAGACUCAAGUGCAGUGAACAACCUGCUAAAGACUACACUACGUCAAUAUAAGGCACCGCCAACAAUCAUUGUAAACUCUGCCGGCAUCACCCGAGACAACUGGCUCUUGAAACUAUCUGAGGAGGAUUUUAAUAGUGUUCUCAAUGUCAAUUUAAAGGGAACAUUUUUGGUGAUGCAGACGUUCGCUAAGGCUUUGACGGAAAAGGGCACUCGGGGGUCAAUCAUUAAUUUUUCUAGUAUAGUUGCUAAACACGGCAAUAUGGGUCAAACAAACUAUGCUGCAAGUAAGGCUGGGGUCAUCGCAAUGACACAAUCUGCUGCCAAGGAAUUAGGAAAGUUUAACAUUAGAGUGAAUGCUAUUUUGCCUGGAUUAAUAGAGACUCCAAUGAUAAAGUCAGUUCCUGAUGAAGUACUACAAAACUUCCUGAAGAAAAUACCUUUAGGUCGACUUGGAACUCCUGCGGAGGUAGCUGAGCUGGUUGCAUUCUUGAGUUCGGACAAGAGUUCGUUCAUCACGGGGGCUGCUAUCGACAUAUCAGGAGGAUUUUGA